GCGGGCGGAGCAGACCAAUGCAACACCCUAUCCCAAACCGCUUUUACCAGCCUCUUGGCUGCCGGAGGAAACUGUGACCAACAAAACGCGGCUGACCAGAUGAUCGACCUCGCCAAACAGCUUGGUAAUGACGCUGAGAUGAUCAGGCUAACCCAGCUGUUUGUUGAGCAGCCUCGUAAUGCCCCCGACAGCUUACAAGUUCCCUACUGCCAAACCGCCCCAAAGAACUCUGAACUCAACGGAUUGUUCCACUGCCAGUUUGCCGGAUCCGACUUUACCAAGUUUAGCGGGGACCAGACUGGGAACGUACCGCUCGGAUUGGACGCUGUCAGUCCACCUGGUUCGUGCCCCGCCAAAACUGAUGGUCCAGUUCCCGAUGGCGUGCAGCUGAACACUCUCGUUCAGGAUCCUGGUGUUUGGUACGUUAAUGAACUACUAGUGGUAUGA